GCCAUUUUGUAUCUCCACCAUCCGGUCCGACGAAGUUGGUUGUCAACGACCAGGGAAGCGAAUGUACCGAAAUUGACAACAUUUUUUAAAGUGCAUCCUGAUUUAAAAUAUGUUAGAGUUGAACUUAUUCGCGUAGGAAGUCACAAUUGCGGUUGGUUUAGUGCUCUUUUGUUAGUUUAACGUGUCAGACCUUAUCUUGUUUACCUUUUGCUUUAGCAGGAGAGCUAACGUGAACGACGUUAGCAGUGUCUCUCAGCUAGCCAGCUAGCUCGGCUGGCGAGCAACAGCCCCAGCGUUAGCUCUCAGUGGCUAACUGAACUGUGGCGAAAUGGCGGCGAACACGGCACAAGCAACACCUUCAUCCAGCUGGUCUUACGGUGCAGCUGCAGAUGCCCAGGUUCACGAAAAUCCUGAAUGGGAGAAGGCAAGACAAGCACUAGCCUCCAUUAACAAGAGUCAGAACUCAGCUAAAUCUGCACAAGCAAACCGGACCACAGCAGAGCCAACAGGAUCCGAUUCCACUGCCAUGCCGCAGCAACAGCAGCAGCAGCCGCAGCAACAGCAGCCACCGCAGCAGCAGCAGCAGCAGCAGCAGCAAUACUAUCCAUGGUACCAGCAGACUCAGCAGCAUUACCCUGGAUACACAUACCCGUACAACUACUACUACUCAAUGAGUCCAUAUGGAGCUACAUACCCACCCAAUCAGUAUGGUGUACCACAAGGGCCUUACCCAGGACCUCCAAACUCUAAUGGACAGCCUCCCCCAGUGCCAGGAAUGGAAGACCAGUCCUCCAACUAUCCCCCUCAACCACAGCCUCCUCCCCCUACUACACCCCAACCUCCCCAGAGCCCUACCACAUCAGACAAACCACCUCCUCCUCCACCCCCGCCCAUUCCUCCCCAAUCCAACUCCCAGUUCCCCCCUCCCCCUUCUCCAAGUUCCUAUAGUGCCAACAACUCCAUGCCAUACCCACCGAAUGACCCCAACCAAAUGCAAAUGUACAACCAUUCCCAGACAAGGCCUAACUAUGGACAGGGCUUCCAGGGCCAAAACACCUACCAGCCCUCUCAGAAUAACCCACAACACCAGCAGCAGCCGGGCCAGUACCUGCCAGGGCUUUGCAGAGGAGACAACAAAAACCAAAAACAAGGACAGCAACUCUGGCACCGUAUGAAACAGUCACCUGGGACCGCUUCUGUAAAGUUCAAUAUUUCCAAGAGGCCCUAUCAGGUUCAGUGUGCUCCAGUUUCCAAUCAGGCUUUCCCUCCAGGCGAGCAGCCCUCAGGGUUAAACCCGUCUCCUUCCUCCCCAGCUAGUGCCACAUCUGCACCCCAAGGUGCUCAGACAAGGUCCCAGGACUGGCCCCAAGCCAUGAAGGAGUAUGUCCAGCGCUGCUUUACAGCCUGUGAGACGGAGGAGGACAAAGAUCGUACAGAGAAGGUUCUGAAAGAAGUUCUGCAGGACCGAUUAAAGGACGGUUCUGCCUACACCAUUGAUUGGAAUCGUGAGCCGUUACCAGAACUGAAGGCCAAACAGUCACGUUGGGAAUCAAUUCAACCCCAGAGGGCAUCAGAUGGCUCAAUUUGCCGUGGUGGAAGUACAGCAGCCGCAGCUUCAAGAGGCAGGGGUGGUGGACAUAGACUUGGCCACUACAGAAAUAUAUUUUCUCAAAGGAGUCCAUCUUCCAGUUCCUCCCAUUCCUCCUCCCGCUCCCCGUCCCCCUCUCAUGGCCGGCACAGGGACAGAAGCAACCAAAGGCACAGGCGCAGUGAUUCUGGCUCACAGUCUGACAGCAGCAUCUCUAGUGACCUCCGGCCUCAGCUGUCAAGACGAAGCCAGAGAGGAGCCCGCGGCCGUGGUAAUGACAGAGACAGAGGACGUGGAGGUGGAGAGAGAGGGCGAGGAAGAGGAGGAAAGGCCAAUAGAGGAAGAAGAAAUAUGGAAGAUGCCAAUGCAACUGUUGGAAAGAAGAGGAAAGGCGGCAAUGCUGGUCUGGAUUUCCAUGAUCCCAACAGAGAAGCCAAGAAGCAGAGUAGAGCAGCUCGUUUCCACAAGCAGCUUCGCUCUGAGCCCCUGGUUCUCUCCAUCCAUUCACUGGACCUGCCUGAUGCUCAGGAGGGCCUUAGCUGGGAGGACUGCCCCAUCGUUGGAACAUGCCAGGACAUCACAAAGCACUACCUGAGGCUCACCUGUGCCCCAGACCCCUCCACUGUUCGCCCUGUGUCGGUCCUCAGAAGAUCCCUGCAGGCUGUGAAAACACACUGGAAAACCCACCAGGACUACACCUAUGCUUGUGAACAGAUGAAGUCCAUCCGACAGGACCUCACGGUCCAGGGAGUUCGUACUGACUUCACAGUGGAAGUGUACGAGUGUCAUGCACGCAUUGCUCUUGAAAAGGGAGACCAUGAAGUUAACCAGUGCCAGACCCAGCUGAAAGCUCUGUAUAAGGACCAUCCCUCUGAGAACAUCGGAGAGUUUACAGCAUAUAGAUUGCUGUAUUACAUCUUCACUAAAAACUCUGGAGAUCUGACCACUGAGUUGGUAUAUAUAACUCCAACACUGCGGGCAGAUGUGUGCGUGGCUCAUGCACUCGCACUCCGUGCUGCCUGGGCAUUAGGAAACUUUCGCAGAUUCUUUAAGCUGUACCUUGAAGCCCCACGCAUGGCUUCGUACCUCAUUGACAAGUUUGUAGAGAGGGAAAGAAAGGCUGCACUCCGGGCCAUAGUCAAAACGUUCAGGCCUUAUGUACCAGUGCAGUAUGUGCAAUCCAGUCUGGGCUUCCCUUGUUUAGAUUCCUGUAUGACCUUUCUUAAUGGGCUAGGUGUCUCAUUUACCCCAGCUGACCCCGAAAAGAUAGACUGCAAAACCAGCACAGCCGCCUUGGCUGCUUCUAAGGGAUGGAGGGGGGUAUAGUACCAUGAAGGGUGGGAUCUUUACAUAUACAGUGUAAUGCACUUGAGACUUCUCAGCCAGUACAGAGUAGUUUGCGAUCCUAAAAAUAAAGAAGACCCAUAUAGAGGGAUACAUGACUCUACUGCAAGAUUCACAUUUCUGAACAACAAUUUGAUUUUGACACUCAGAUUACUGUUUAACUCGCAAGUCUGCACAUACAGUCACACAAAGGUAGAAAUUUAGCCCCAUUCCCAUCAAAUCUAAUAACAUUUACAAUGACAGAAAAGUGAGGGAACAGAUCAGAUUUGAGAUGAUCAUGCGGUCUCAGCACUUAAGAGGCCAAGAAGUCAGAGAAGCAGAUCAGAGAGGCACUAGCUCGUCAUGGUUCCUGUUCCUUUCGCAGCAUCAGAUGUCAAAGCUAACAGUGUUCUGUCAUGUUUUUUUCUUCCUCAAGUCAACAGCUUCAGGACCUGAAGUUACAAGCCCUGUCCUGCAUAAGGGAAACGCUAAAGGCAAUUCUUCAAGUUGUUGAUUCAGCUGUCUCCUGUUUCAAGCAAAGGCUGCACACGAUUCCUCAAAAGAGACUGUGAAACAGCAAGGUGAGAAGAUGCCAGUAGUCUGGAAGAAGAGUUGGUGGUUUGUAUGUCCUGCCCUGCACCCCGUUUCCUGAAGGCAUCUAAAGUCAUCCUCUGAUCCUGUUCCUUGUCCCUGAUUUUAUGGCCCAUGAAAGCUAUGGACUAAAGUCUUUUUCCAGAUUUAAUUCAGAAGAACUUACUGGUCACAGGCAUGAAAUGGUUGGCCAGCAUUUGGGGAAAGUCUCCAUCUGAUGCGCAUUGACUCUGUUUAAGAGAAAGGAUACAGGCACAAGUUUGUCCCCUCACUUCUCCAAGCCCUGACACCAAGCUUUAUUUUAACGAUCCAAGCCUCCUGAGGAAGAUAGGAAAUCUGCCUCCCAUCAUCCUCGGGUAGAAUGUCUGCCAGCACACGUGGAAUCCAGCACGCAUUGAUUGAGCCAAUCCUUCAUCCACGGUUGUCUUUUCUGCACCAGCUGUAAUUCAGAUGAUCUCGAGGUGAAUUCGUGAAAUUGGAGCAUUGUUGGGAAAACCUGCCGCUGCUGCUACAAGAAGGAUUAACGAGUGGUUUGUAUGCAACACGUGCCUCUGUGUUUGCAAGGCUGGUAAGAGAAAGGGACUUCUCUGGAGGAGCUGAACGACGGAACAACAGAGGUGUUUUCUCACAUUUCUUCCGUCUUAAAUGUUUUGUCUUGUGUUUAGUGGACAACAGUAUUGGGCUUUCUCUUAGGAAAUGAUAAACAAUUAUGACGUCCCAAAGCAGAUUUUAAAGAAAAUAAACAGGUUCAUGUUUGACAGAUGAAUUUAGUAUCAUAAUAAUUGGAUAAUAUCCGGAAAUGCCAAAAGCCGAGUCAGUAAUAUCACAGAAAUGUUCCUGCACAGAUGCAUGCUUCUGGUUUAGUAUUUACACUUAGACAGGUUUAACACUGAAGUGGACAGUCAUAUAAUAAAGAGGGAGAUGCAAGUCGAGUGAAGACUAGUGCUUUUAUGUCCAUGUAUCAAUAAUUAAUUAAUUUUCUAAAGUAAAGCUAAAGUUUUAGCCUCUCACUUUUGAACAGAAAACAUUCAGCCUUAAAGACUUUUUUGAAGUGGAGUUGUAGUUGGAUUUCUCUGUGUGUCUUAUCCUCAGGAGGGUUUUGCUUCUCAGGACCUACAUUAAUCUUGAUUGGGGUGCAUGUGUAUUAGGUGAUAUUUUUGCCGAAAGUGAUGUGUCGCAAUACUUAAAAAGGUGAUGAGCCAGCUCCAAAAUAACUGAAAAUGUUCACUUAAACAACAAUACCCUCAACACUGACUUUCCAUAAGCAACACUGUUAGCCCUUUCCAGCUGUCCUGACAUUGAAAACAUAUUUUCUAUAUCGUACAGUAGCUUUAAUUAAAACAGUAUUGAAUUACCCCUGUGCAAACAUAGAGCCUGAGGGACUUCACGGUGAAGUUAAAGGAGGCAGGCUUGCUGAACAAUCAAUACGUUUACCUGUCUAUUCAGUAGAUCUUUUGUAAAUAUUGUAUGAUAGUGCUGUGAUUUAUUUUCAAUUGGUGCAUAUUGAAGGUUUUUUUGUUCACACAUGGGUAAGUGUGAUUUUCUUUUUUUUUUUUUUUUUUUUUUUUUUUAGACCAUUGGUGUGAAUAUGUAAACUUAACUGCAGGAUGAAGUGGUGGGAGUGGAAAAUUGCUAGAUUUUUCCCGGUAAAGCCUGAAAACAUUAGGGAAGACCUUUGAACCAAAUUGUGAAUUGCAAUAAGUCCUCUCCAUUUCCGGUCAUAUGUAAAAAGUGUUUGUUAAAAUUGUCCUUUCUGGCAGAAAGAUCACUUGUAUGUUAUAGUUGGCAGAUGUUUCCAUGUAAAGCUUGUACACAUUCAGUGAAGAAUGGGAGCAUCAUUUUUCGAUACACAAGUAAUGUGAAGGCCUUCCGGCAAUGAAAUGUUUCCGUCAGGCUCACAGCACGUCCUUGUAAUCCUUGAUUUUAGAUUUGUUCUUCCAAACUGUUCAUUGUUGGCAUAUUUCAGCAAACAUCUUGUAAUAACAAUGAUCUCAACAUGUUUUCUUUCCUCCCACUUUCAUUUACCUCAACCCCUGUCCUCUUUGCUGAUUCCCCCUCCCCCCCCUUCCUCAGUCCCCUACACCUUCCUCUCACACACCACCAAACUUCUCAUCCUUCAGCUCGUUGUAGUGCAUUGCGGGAGAACACGGGAGUGAUAAGUGGGCGAACAACCACCUCCAGACGCCGCCAGCCGAGGAGGGUGAAUUGUGAGCAAUCCAAGUCUUGGUUUGACCCACAGAAGUUGAAGCCAAUUAAAAUACAUGGGAGCCUCACUCAAUGAAAUGUGGAAAUGUCCUUCUGCUGCUAAUGUGAUUCUGCUGCUAAGACAAAUAUUUCAAGAAUUUUCCUCUGCAACCUUCUACCUGUUCAGUUUGAAAAAGAAUGUUUAACAAUUGACUGAGUUACCGUGUGCUGGCUUCUGUUUGUCCAGAUGCAUAUAAUACAUCUUUUGAUAGUUCCCAUGGACCCCCCCCCCCCCCAAAAAAAAGAGGAUUAAUGCUGGCAAUGCUGGUCGUUAUGAUCAUUUCUUUAACAGAAUUUAUUUGAUUUUGAAUAAUUUAACUUUCCUGCUAGAUUAACAGACAUAGAUCUGCAAAAGAGCGUCUUGUGUCUGGACAUACUGAACCUGCUGUUAUCAUAUUCACCUUCCUUAAGUAACUUUUCUUUUUCUUUAUAGUCUUGGUCUUUAAUAAGUAACUUUUCUUUUUUUUUUUUUUUUAUUGCUGGUGUGUGCUCCCAUGCCAAGAUGCUAUUAUUUGGUUUCUUCACGUGAUGAACUUCUCUGAUAUUUGUGUAAAUGUACGAUUUUUCACUCCUGACUGAAGUGUGAACAUCUCUCAGGUUUUCAGCAUUGACUCAGCCCGUCAGAAUGUUUGCUUUAUUCUUUUUUUUUUUUUUCCAAGUAGAAAAUUCCCCCGAUAGACGACUAACUUUAUACAUUUUCAUUUUGGAUGCUUUUGUGUUUUCCUCCCUCUGACGCCUGAUUCAUAUUUCAGAUUGAUUUAUUUUGUUGCUCCCACGUUACAGUACUCAUUGGUCUUUGUAACUCUUUCCUAUUUGACACUAGAACAAACUCCCAUGUCCCUCACUUCUUCAAACCCCUUCCAUGUCCUGCUCUUUCCUUUCUUAAUCAUCUUCAUCUGAUUUUGUCUUCUCUCCCUUUCUCUCAUUUUCUCUCCCUGCAUGCUUUCCUCUCCUGCUCUCCGCCCCCAAACAUCUUCCAAUAUUUGUCCUUUUCUCAUUCAAAUUGUUUCCUUUAAUGUUAAGUAUGUUUGUGACUGUUUUGCCUUCUGUGCAAUAGUCACAAUCUCUAGUAAGUAUUGUAUUUCUUCUGUAAAGCUUUAAGUUUAUGUUGCAACUCACUAACAACUGAAGGUUUAUCAGCAAUCCCUCCACCCUGUCCCCAACAUUAACUUCUCUACAGCUCUGACAAGACAAACUGCCAUUUUGUAAAUAUUAUGUACAUUUUGAACAAAACGAAUAAAAUACAAGUAUAAUAAG